AUGUCACACUCAAAUGCUCUACCAAAUAGUCCAUUCCGGUCACCUAAAAAACAACGUAUGGAGGUCAUAGGACCACUCAAUGCGUCUCGUUUUUCCUUUUCGCCGGUAAAGACACCUCCUCAUGGGAGAGCUGGUCUAUCAUCUCCAGAGAAAAGAUUAGUCAAAGACCUUGACAAGUCGGCGAGAAAAAGAGCCAACAAUAGCUUAUAUAACCGAUUAAUGGAUGAGUAUCUGGACACAGAUGAUUAUUUGGAUGAACAAGAUAGGAUAUUGGCCGACAGAAUUAUCAAACAGUCGAGGGGAGAACCCGACGAAGUCAAUUAUGGCAGCGACGUGGAAUUGGAAAUUGAUCUAACUCAGCAGAGACGAACCCGAAGAAGAGAAAAGAAAGUUGUUUACUCGAGCGAUAGUAGCAACGAAUAUGAGGAUACAGGAAUGCCAGAAGAAUCUUCAAGCGAGGAAGAAGAGGCAGAUGAUGAUGAUGGCAAUGUGGAGUUUGUUUAUGGACCACCCAAAGAAAGAAAAACGUCGUUAUCAAGCUCACCACCCACAGUCAAGCCUACUGUGCGCCGAACCAAGCGAGGUAGACCAAGCAAGAGUGAGCUUGUUCUGGGUCAAAUCAAAAGUAUAUUCCAUCAAGAUGACGUGUUGUUCAGUACAGAUAGAAAAACGUUCACACCGACUAAACCAACCGCAGCGAAAAAACCAGUCAGCAAUUAUUUGACAUCUAUUUUUGAUCAAAAUUUCGAUAGAAGCAAGGUGCCAAGUCUAAGUGGAAUUCCCAAAUCAACCAACACGCAUGAAGAGAAGAAAACGUUUGUGCCGCUUCCUAUUCCCACCCUCGAUGCUGACGGAAAUAUCACUGACAAGGAGUACAUCUCCAAAUACUUUGAUGGAGUUGACCCUGCAAAGUUCAAAGAAGGCAGGUUUGUGGACGAAAAAGUAUUUUACUUAGAAGGGCCAGAAGGAUACUUUGAACAGCAAACUACCAGAGUUAAACAAAGUGGCAACUCUUUAACAGCAUUGGCACCCCAGAUUGAGUACAAAGAUUUUGCCAGGUUAGUAAAGUUGGGCGACAACCUCAGUUUCCAACGCAAACGCCACCUUUUCGAAUUGCACAAGUAUAUCUAUCACCAGUGGUGUUUUGAAAUGUCACAAGGGUUCAAUUUGAAUUUCUACGGAGUCGGAUCCAAAAUCGAUCUACUCCGAGAUUUUGCCACAAACUAUUUUGGCAUCUGGUGGGAAAAUGUGGUACACGCCGAUUUGCCAAAGGUUUUGGUGGUUAACGGUUUUAACCCUAGCAUCAAUAUCAAAAAACUAAUUCUCGAAAUCGCUUCCAUCCUUUUGCCAAACGAACUGUACCCAAAACAUAUAGCUGGAACGGUUCCCUUUGUGGUUGAUUAUCUAAACAACCAUAGACUGCCCUGUGGAAGUAUCGGUUUCCAUAAACCCAAAAUCUUGUUGAUUAUUCACAAUCUUGAUGGGGAAGUUUUUAGAGUAGACAAGACACAGACGCUUUUGUCGCAAUUAAUGACACUACCAGAAGUAUGGGCCAUGUCAUCUACCGACCACAUCAAUGCAUCAUUGUUAUGGGACCUGUCCAAAGUUAAAAACUUGAAUUUCAUCUGGCAUAAUCUCACAACAUAUGCCACUUACCAACGAGAAACAUCUUUCCGAGACGUGAUAAGUUUAGGCAAAUCCAAAAAAUUUGUGGGUGGCCUUGGUGCCAAGUAUGUCUUGCGCUCGCUUACCGACAAUCACCGAAACCUCUACCGCGAGCUAUUGAUUGCACAAUUGGAUAAAAUGGAGAAAGCUGUCCCAUCUGCUUCUGGAAGAGUGGGUUUGAAAGGUAAUGCCAAGGUUGCUGUUGACCUAAAAAGCCUAUACAAUACAUGUUUGGACGAGUUCAUUACUUCCAACGAGAUGAACUUUAGAACAUUCUUAAAAGAGUAUGUUGAGCAUAAAAUGUGUCAGCUAGUAAAAGAUCCUUCAGGAGUUGAGAAGGUAUUCAUUCCGUUCACAUACGAAGAGAUACAAAACAUAUAUAAGCAAGAAUUUGAUGUAUAG